AUGUCUCCGCCGCCCAAAGCCAUUAUCCUGGAUCUCUGGGACAUACUUCUCUCCCGGCUCUCCCCCACCAGCGCCCGGAUCCCCCGCGGGGUACUGAAGGACGUCUUCUCCUCCGAUAUAUGCUACAGCUACGAGUGCGGCAAGUUGACGGAUGUCGAGUUCUGCCAACAGGUUGCCGUACGACACUCUCUAGAUGGGGCUGACGUGGUGGAUAUCCUGCAGCAAACCAGGAAGAUAGCUAUCCAAGACGAGAGCCUCAUCCAGCGCCUGCGCACCCUGAAGAACCAAUAUGGCAAGGAUGUGCAUUGGUACGCAAUGCUCAACAUUGCCGGUCCAAACUACGCCGUUAUCCGGGAUGCUAUUGCGGAGUGGGCAAUCUUCGACCGCGUCUUCACGUCCAGUGACAUAGGUAUGCGCAAACCUGACCUGUGUUUCUACAGACAUGUACUCCACGAGCUUGGACAGCAUCCAGGGUAUGUGGUUUUCGUCGAGUCUGACCCCGACAACGUUCUCUCUGCUCGAUCUGUCGGCGGCCGCGUGGUUCCAUACGAAGAUGCCUCUGGCCUUGCACGAUCUCUACAUAAUCUGCUGGGAGACACUGUCAAGCGAGGGCACGAGUUUCUCCGUGCCAACGCAGGGCGACUGGACAGCAUUACAAAUACCGGCGUCACUAUCAGGGACAACUUCACGCAGCUUUUAAUCUUGGAAGUCACUGGAGACCGUGAUCUGAUCUACCUGGAAGAGCACCCGCGGACAUGGAACUUCUUCAUAGGCCAGUCCCUACUCACCACAACCGCAUACCCGGACGACUUUGACACCACAUGCGCGGCAUUGACCGUUCUGAAGCCCGACCGGCAAACAGCGUGUUCAGUCCUCGACGAACUGGCCAGCCAUGUCAACGACGACGGUAUCAUUCUGACAUAUUUCGACCGCAGCCGCCCGCGAAUCGACCCAGUCGUCUGCGUCAACGUCCUGCGAGCGUUCUACGAGCACGGCCGCGGCCACGAGCUGCAACCAUCCCUGCACUGGGUCCACGAAGUGCUCAAAACCCGCGCCUAUGUGGACGGCACCCGAUACUACCCGACCGCGGAGGCCUUUCUAUACUUCGUGGCGCGUUUGCUGCAAUGCACGCAGGAGGCGCUCCUGCAGCGGGAAUUCUCCGAUCUGCUGCGCCAGCGGGUUAAGGAGCGCAUCGGGAAGCCCGGCGACGCGCUCUGCCUUGCGAUGCGCCUGCUCGCGUGCCAGUAUGUUGGAGUUCCAGCGGCGGACGCGGAGCGGGAUGUGGCUUCUCUUCGCGCGAUGCAGGAUGCAGAUGGCGGCUGGGAACCUGGGUGCGUGUAUCGGUAUGGAAAGACGGAUAUCAGGAUUGGGAGCCGGGGGCUGGCUACGGCGUUGGCUGUCAAGGCGCUGUCGCAGGCAGAGGAUGCUGGGAGGGCUGGACGGGGCGGAGGCGAAGUCAACCGGGAGAGUUUGACCAGUCUGGUUGGUAUCCCGUCGGGGCUGAAGACGCUUUACUGGGGGCUUCUGGGAUGGGUGCAUUCGUAUCCCAGAUGGGCUAAGACUUCGCCUUGA